AUGGCCAGACAAUGGAUCCUCACCGGCCAAGAAGGCUGGGAAAAGUCCCUCGAAUUCCAAGAAAACGUGGCCAUCCCUUCCCCCGAAACCCUCGGCCUUAACGAAGUCCUCGUGCGCCUCAAGGCCGCAAGCAUAAACUACAGAGAACUAAUGAUCCCCACUCCCACUAACCCUGCCGGCCCAAUAAAUCCACCCCUGGUCCCCUCCUGCGACGGCGCCGGGACCGUUGAAGCAAUUGGUCCCUCCGUCACCGAAUUCCGCGUAGGCGACCGCGUGCUGGCACACCUCUGUGCCCCCGCCGCCGAAGCCCGCGGCGACGAUGCCCCGAUGGGCUUUGCGGAUGCCCAGAACUGCCUCGGACAAGGCAGCGACGGGACGCUGCGCACGCACGGCGUCUUCCGCGAGAAGGGGCUCGUGCGGGCGCCGGCGUCGCUGGAUUUCAUCACCGCGGCGACAAUGACCUGCACGUGGACUACGGCGUGGAAUGCGCUGUUUGGGCUCCGGGGCCAGGAGGUUGGGCCGGGCUCUUGGGUUCUUGUGCAGGGGACCGGGGGCGUGAGUGUGGCUGCGUUGCAGAUUGCUGUUGCGGCGGGGGCAAGCGUGGUGGCCACUACGUCCAGCGAGGAGAAGGCUAUGAAAUUGAGGGCUCUGGGAGCGAAGCAUGUGGUGAAUUACCGGACUAAUAAGGCCUGGGGAGAGGAGGCGAGAGGGUUUACGCCUGGUGGGCGGGGGUUUGAUUCUGUCAUUGAGGUGACUGGGAAUGAGGGGUUGAGGCAAUCUUUUGCUUCUGUGCGGAUUGAUGGGAUCAUUACGUUGGUUGGAAUGGUAGGGGACUCUGGGACAGAGGCAGUGCCGCUGUUGGAGUCUUUCUUUCAUGGUGCUAUCGUGCGGCCUAUUUUGGCGUCUAGCCGGACCCAGUUUCAGGAGGUGGUGCGGUUUGUUGAUGAGAAGCAGAUUGUGCCCGCCAUUGAUGAUGUGGUGUUUGAAUUGGCACAGGUGAAGGAUGCAUACCGGCGUCUCGAGGAGAAGCAGCAUUUCUCCAAGAUUGCGAUUCGGAUUGAUUGA